AUGAGAAGAAGAAAUCAGGAAGCAUUCAAGAAAGUAGAGGAAGAAGAAAGGAGACUUAAACAAGAAGAACUUGCAGAGGCAAAGAAAGAAGCUCAAAUGCUCAGAUCAGAACUUUGUGCCAGAGACAGUGAAAUCAAGAAGAUCAUGAAGGAACUCGAAGAAGCAAAGGCUCACACAGACAUAGGAAGCAAGAAGUUUGACUUUUGGAUCUCUGAUAAAGGACAAAAGAUCAUCGCAGAGCUCAAAUAUUACGAAAACCAUCAGCAGAAAGUCUCAUAUUGGAAAUAG